GUCGCACGCCGGUGAGUGCAGGAUGGUAAAACAAAAGAGAAAAGGUCCUAAAGUAGCAAAGAAAAAGAGCAAAAAACUGAAGAAUAUGUCUGUGGAAGAGAUACUGCAGGCAACUGAUGCCACAGCAAGUGAGGAGGAAGCCAGCCAGAAAGGGGUGGCAGCAAGUGGGGUGCAGGACACAGCCCCCCAGCUGUCCAAGGAGGAGAGGAGGGUCCUGGAGAGGAAGCUGAAGAAGGAACGGAAGAAGGAGGAGAAGCAGCAGCUACGAGAGGCAAGGCUCUCGACAGUGCAGACUCCACCAGCUAAGCGCUCAGGCGCAGAGCUGGCCCUGGACUACCUCUUUGGAUGGGCCCAGAAGCACCAGAGCUGGAGGUUCCAGAAGACAAGGCAGACGUGGCUCCUGCUAAACAUGUAUGACAGUGACAAGGUUCCAGAAGAGCACUUCCCCACCCUGCUGGCUUACCUGGAGGGGCUGCAGGGCAAGGCCCGAGAGCUGACCCUGCAGAAGGCAGAAGCCCUGAUGCAGGAGCUCGAUGUAGCAGGGUCAGACGCUGCCCUCCAGGAGAAAGCCCCGCGCCUACGCCAGGUGCUGCAGUUGCUGUCCUAGUGGGGAUGGCAGAGGCUGAGGGGAGACAAAACUGCCACCUGGCAUUCUGGGCCCUGGAUUGCUCAGGGUUCAACAGGAACAGGUGGUUGUGCUGUGUCUGUCUCCUACAUGACGAGGAGUCUUUGUGCCUUCAGAGGGGAUCACCACGCUCAUCCUGCACCCAGGAAGUUGCUGUCACGCACAUGUCUGUUUUUGUACUAGGGAUGUUUUAGAAACUUGCCAGUGC